AUGAUCACGGAAAAGAGUUUGAUGAGCGAUUAUGAAAAUCUUGAGGACAUCGAUAUUGACCUGAACACACCAAUCGUACACGUGACCCACUCCGAAGAAAAAGACCAAAUCGUUGAAAAUCAAGUAUUCUUACCAAGUGCUAACAAAAAUAUUAUUGGAGGAAUAUGGUUUUCACUGGGUUAUCAGCCACGCAGUGUUUACGGCAGCUGGGCUUUCGAGAAGACGCUGGCGAGUUUGGGUGUUGAGUUGGGAUACGUCAAGGUCUUUUACAAAGAGGUCAACUUCAUCCUGUAUGCAAGUGAUACAGUAUCACCAAAUCCCGUCGGGAAGGCGACCGAUAACGCUGUACGGGCGUUUCACAACGAUCAACAGGCAUAUAGAGCUGUCUCCAGAUUCGUGCCGUCGAGAUUCUUGCCACAAGGUGCAGCGUUUGGACACGCGUUUGAUGGACCUUAUAAAGUUUCGCACCAACCUUUUUGUGUCAAAGUGAUAGCGCAUUGCAAAUAUCUUAUGGGUUGA